CCCGUGCUGGAGACACCCUACUCCAAGCGGCGACCGGGCCGACAUGUAUGCACCAGAGAACAAGUAGUGCCUGAACGAACGGUUGAGACGUACAACAAGCCUUCGUAUAUUCCUUACCAGAAAGCUUGCAACGAUCACUCUGGGAUGUGUAACGCAGUGCGAGUUGUCUACCACGAAGCGUACCGCACCGAACAGAAGAUGCAUUUUAAGAAACAGACUACGUUUAUUUGCUGCCCUGGAUGGAUGCAGGCUCACAAACACCAGCAUGGCUGUCGAAAAGAACUCCCAAAGCAAUUUUACAAGCUUUCUCCUCUAUGUCUGCAUCUCAAUGCUCCAUAUGCACGAAUCCAUGUUUGAACAAAGGCUCGUGUGUACAACCACAAACAUGUUCGUGUUCACCGGGCUUCACAGGCCCACAAUGUGAAACAGACAUUAAUGAAUGCAGAGAAAAGCCAUGUGAUCACACAUGUGUUAAUACGAAUGGAAGUUUCCAGUGCUAUUGCCAUGAUGGUUUUGACUUGCAAGAAGAUGGUAGAACAUGCCGUAGCAGAGGAAACAUCACUGCCACUGAAGCCAAAGAUCUGUUGGACUAUGAGUUGAUCUCACAAAGACUGUUACGAUUAGAAGAAGAAAUGCACACCAAGAAACAAACAUCACCAACCGCAGAUUUAUCCAUUAGAGAGUUAACAAAUAAAAUUGAGUCCAUGAUGCAACGGAUUCUCGAUCUACAAGACCAAUUGGACAAUGUUGUAAGUACACAGUAUGAUUUACAACCAUAA